GAUGCCUACCAGGCGGCCCUGACAAAGACCCUCGAUUUUUGGGAUCGCGUGAACUCAGACGAGUUCACAGCGGCCCAAGGGCGGCGACUUCAGUGGAACCAUCCCCAAGCUUUGGAACCUGAAUUGUACAGAUUACCUCACUCAAGGGCCUUGUCACAAAGUAGCAGUGCCUCCCGUCGCCUUCAGUCCUCAUGGAGAUUGCAUGUUGUGUAUUCGAUGAGGAAUGGGAGCUCUGUGUGGAAUGAGGAUGCCAUGGAGUGGAUACGAGACUUUGAGCGCAGGAUUGCCACCUUUCCCGAUUAUGACAAGUUCUGCGUUCAUAUCACAGAAUCGGAGGGGCCCAGGGAAUGUCGACCACCCAACUCUGUUAUAAAUUUCGUGUUUCCUUCCAUCAGCCAGUCGCAAGACGGUGGUGUUGAAGUGGUUUACGACGGCAAGGGAGAGACUACUGGGUCCCUGUUUGCCCUCAGCCAGCAAUUGGCUCUCAGAGGCCUCUAUUGGUAUGUGGAUGGUGAUUCAGACCUCAGUGGGGGGACCGUCAACUCCCUGAGGACUGAUUUUUUGUUUGGGAAACCGGUGGACGGUUUUGCGUCCAGGGACGACAGAUCUGCUCAGCAAGAUUAUGAGUACAAGAAAUUUGUUACGUCAAUGUACAGUUUGCUCUCAAAGAGUGGCAAUGAUGACAUCCGGGUAAAUUUUGGAGGGGAAUACAUAUCAGAUUACGAGAUACGGCAGGUGCUUUACGAGGACAUUCGGAAAGUCUUCAUUGGGCUGGCAGCAAUUCUGCUGUUCUCAUGGUGGCACACAAAGACUCUGUUCAUAUCGUUGAUGGGGAUAUUGGAAGUGGUGGUCUCUUUUCCAGUUGCUUAUUUCUUUCAUCGCGUGGUGAUGGACAUUCAUGCUAUAAACGUCAUUCAAUUUUUGGGACUGUUCAUAAUUCUUGGCAUAGGAAUUGACGAUGUUUUCGUCUUCUUUGACACGUACUCAUCUUCCCAGCCUACCCAUUGGAACGUGCAUGCAGCAGUGCGAUUGUCGCAUGCUUACCGCAAGGCAGGUGCUGCAAUGGCAGUCACAUCCUUCACAUCAGCCAUCGCCUUUGCUGCCAAUGUCAUCUCUCCGAUCCCAGCUGUUCGUGUGUUUGGGAUGUUCCUGGCGAUCAUGGUUGCCGCAAACUACUAUCUGGUGAUGACAUGGCUACCAUCGUGUAUCGCCUUUUAUGAAAAAUACAUCUUGAAGCAGAGAGCUGCGAUUGCCAACACAAAGAUGCAUCCCUGCAACCUGCUCUGUGGGCUGUUUUGUGGCCCUCCACCCCAGAACUAUUUUGACAUGUCAGGGGAGCAGAAUGGCACGAUGAGCAAGGCAUGGGCUUUCUGGAAACAACAUUCCAAGAUCAUUUACAAGGGCCGUUAUCUCUUCCUGCUUUGUUUUCUGGGGAUUUCUGGAUUAGGGGCUGCGGGGUUGCUGAAAUUGGAGGGAAGCACUUCAGUUCCUGCGGUGUUUCCAGCAGACCACAAUGUUCAGGUGUUCUUGGACUUGUGGGAGUCGUCCUUCCUAUCCAGUGGUUCCUGUGACCGAUGCUGGCGGCAUUUUCAGCAGCCUUUGAGUGGGGACAUCCCAGAAGACAUCCUCUCCUCGCUCUCGGUGGCUGGAGGGCCCCCUUCGCCAUCAUCAGACCCCUCAGGUUCACCCUCAAGUUUCACAAGCUCCCCAUUCUCCAGUGCUGGAUCUGGGCUCAACCCAACACCACCGCCCACUCUCCCGCUUCCCUCACCCCCUCCACCUCCCAGUCCCAGUGCUCCUCCACCACUUGCAGCAGUGCUGCAGCCCACGCCGGCUGCCCCUGCUCUGGAACCUUCCACACCUCCCCUGCCCCCUCCUGAGCCCACUCUUUCUUCACCUUCAACUCCUCCCCCACUGCCCCCUCCCCCACCGCCCCCUCCCCCACCGCCCCCACCACCCCCUGCGCCCCCAACCCCUCCUGCAUUGUCGGUUCCCCCCUCUCUCCCAGAGGGCGACCCCGCUGCCCUUCUGCAACCAUCGCCCCCACCACAGCAGACAGCGCCCCCGCCGCCCCCCAGUGCGAUGCAGGCUACUCCGUCCCCGCCACCUGAACCGUCUCGUGCUCAGCUACAACGUCAAAUGAAGGAGCUUAUCACGGAAUCUUUUGAGAUACAAACAAUAUCUGAUAGUACUGUGAAGUUGCGAUGGACAUCCUUGCGGUCAGAAUCUAUUGAUGAGUUCAUUCUUGAAUUUCGGAGAGAAGGUGAUUCCCAGUGGGAAAUGGUGUACAGUGGCCCAGACUUACGGCAUGAAAUUCUGGGACUUGAGGCGAGAACGAGAUACGACUUCAGGCUGGGUACUGUCAGUACUUUGGGGACAGUGUACGGUGAGCCCAUCACUGGAGAGACAGAUAUUUUCGACCCCCCAGGGCCCCCCGAAAGCCUGUUGCUUGUGGAGGCAACUCCAAGAAGUCUUCGAAUUUCAUGGGAGGCUGCCGAUGCUCCAGAUGUGCCACUUGAUGGUUUUGAUGUCACUGUUGAACCAGCUGCAAAUGGUUUCGACACAACCGUGGUGACCUACACAGUUGAGAGCAACGUGUUGACAGCCUUACUUGGGCCAUUCACCAGCAGCACUACCUACUUGGUGCGGGUAACUGCCUUCAAUGAUGCCGGUGGCAAUUCAAUCUCCUCUCAGUUUACGACACUUGCAUCAACAACUGCGAGCAGCUUAGAGAGCCAGGCUGUGGCCAGCUCAGAGCUGGGCAGGGACAUUAGAAUAUCGACCAUACAAUCUCCAGAGUUUGGGCGCAGAAAGCUGCAGCAGGGGACGUCCAGUCUGUCAGGCAAUGUAUACGUGGUGGUGCAGGCACAGACAGAAGAUGAAUCAUUCCCAGUGCCAGGGAGGGUUGAGGGUGAAGGGGAACUUGCACGUGUGGUGGAAAGUGGUGCAGGCAAGAGCACCACUGUCACUGAGGUGGAAGAGCUUGUUGGUCUUGCACUAUCAGCAACAGGUGCCUCCAGCAACACUCGGGUGGUGGUCGUUGAAAAUCUGCUUUCUGAUGACCAGCCUACUUUUGCCAACUGGCUCUCUGAUGACCUGGUCCUCCUUGUUGAAGGCGGUUUGGUGGCUAUUGGACAAUUUGGGAGGUCGACAAGGGGCCUUGUGGGAUACGGCAGAGGUUCAAUUGUUGCCUUCCGCGCAGGGAUGACACGACCAGAUGUGUUUGGUACAGUGGCCUUUGUUGAGCCUCCGACGGAUGUGUCUGGAUUUUCACCCCCAAUAGCUUCUGGCAUCAGUCUUCCCGAGAAUGAUUUAUUGAUGCACACCUCCCAGCAGUGGCCUGCCAUGCGGGCCACGGCGCUGCUGAAUGGUUGUGAAUUGCUGCAGAGCGUGACCUUGCCCAGCCUGGUUGGUGCAGUAGGCGAAUGCACCCUGUUUGAAGAUCCUCAGGAAAGGGAUACUACCUCUUCCGCCAUGGCAGCCUUCACAUUCUUCAACAAUGUAUUCAACGCUAGGGCGGUGGACCAACAGAUUCCUGACAAGCCAAAACGCAGCAACACAGUACUCAUAAACAUCGUCUGGGGUAUAAAGACUAUCGAUCGUUCACAGGCGUCAACAGACCCGUUUUCAAGGUUUAGAGGCAACCCGGUUUACGAUGGCCAGUUUGACAUCACAGAUGAAGCCACCCAGCUGUGGAUCCUUGAAGUGUGCGAGAAACUGGAGAACAUGACUCAGCUGGUGGAGCGAAGUGACAAGUGUUUCGUGAGGGAUUGGAAAAGGUGGCUUGAGCGAAACAGGGAAGAAGACCCCACAUCACCUGCCUUUCCUGUGCCUGGGCUCCAAGCACUUGAGCAGCUCUGGAAGUUCACAAGGGCCUCGGGCCAUUUCAAUGACCAUGUGGGGUAUUUGGAAGACGAACAAGCCAUGCCGUUUCCGCGCCCUAAAUGGGUGAGAAUCACAGUGAGGUCGAAGGUGGACAAUCGCGUGUCCAGCUCUGUUGGUGUGGAUGAGUGGGAGAAAUGGGAUAUGGCUGUCAAGGAUUUGAAUGCAGUUGCACCGAUUUCUUCCAGCUCGAUGACCCAGACCACUGAUUUGUGGGUGAGGUCCUUCACAGAGAAGGAGGUGGUGGAGGCCACGCAGUGGGCGAUAGUCAUUGCGGGUAUCUGCGCCCUGUUGGCUAUCACCGUCUUCACAGGUUCUCCAUGGGUAUCCUUCCUUGCAGUUCUGAACCUUGCUGGCAUAAUUGUGUCUAUGCUGGGGUUCUUCUAUCUGCUGGGAUGGAAGCUUGGAGCAGUCGAAGCCAUAUCUGUCACAAUCCUUGUUGGCCUGUCAGUUGACUUCACUCUCCACAUAUCUGAGGCCUAUUCCAGGUCCAAAUCCCACGUGCGGGGACAAAGGACAAUGGAAGCGAUCCAGAGGAUGGGGUCUCCCAUUUUUGCCGCCGCCGUGACCACUGUCCUUGCGUGCCUGCCCUUGCUCCUGACGACCAUCCUGGUGCUCAAAUUCUUCGGCACUGUGGUUGCCACCGGCAUCGCCCUGUCAGUGGCGUAUGGCUUGUACUUCUUCUCUCCCAUGCUGAUGAUUGUGGGGCCCCAGGCUGGGCGCAAGUUGGCGGCAGAGUGGACAUGUGGUCUGCGAUUCCUGCACUCCGCGCUGUGGGGUUCUGGACUGAGGAGGGGAUCUUUUCUUGCAGCCGUGGCCCUGGGAGCAUUGGCCUGCUUCAGGUCAGGGCGGGACGUCCUCCAGGAGCAGAGGUGGCUGGCGGGCAUGGCGGGCGCCCUGUUCGCCGCGACCCUCGUCGUCGAGGCAAGGAAUCUGUGGCGGAGGUGCGCUGCCGGCGGCCGCGGCGCUGAGGGCGUCCGACCCGACGGCUUCAGCUCGACGACCAUGUUGCGCCAGCGGUCGUCGCAAGCGAUCAACGGGAUCAAGAGGCAGCCUCCCACAUUGCCCGAGGGGCUGUUCGGUGUGCCGUUGCCCUCUGGCGCUGAAUCCAGCGAAGGGAAUCACAGCUCAGACUCCAGCUGUCGGUCGGACUCGCCCAGGGUUGAAAGGAACAUUGAGGCGCCGGCGGUGCUGCCUGGCGGCCCGUCGCCAAAGAUUUUCGGGGAAGGGGAGCGAUGA